AUGGCGUGUAUUAAAGCACCGAGAUCUGUCUGUGGAUCGAGCGACGACAUCAAGGCUGAUUCGACCCGCAAUGUUAUACAGAUCUACGCAGAUUGGGCGAAUUAUUACCUCGAGAGAAGUGGUUGCAAAAGAAGAGUGACGGAUCUACAAUCGGACCUCUGCGACGGUGUUCUUCUUGCUGACCUCGUCGAGGCAGUCACCAACCAGAAGGUGAUUGACGUCAAUAGAAAGCCGAGGAACGCUCAACAAAUGGUCGAGAACGUGAGCCUCUGCAUCGGAGCCCUCCGAGCUCUCGGGGCCGACGUCGGUUCCGUGAAUCCUGGCGAAUUGGCAGCAGGAUCAACACUCUGGCCAGUCCUCGCCCUUCUUUUCGCCCUCUCGCGAUACAAACAGAGGGCUAAACAACUACAAGACAUGCCUAGAUUACCGUCUCCGUACAAUAAGCAGGCGGUUGUUGGCGGUGCAGGGUGCGGUCCUGGCGGUGGAUCGACAAGUAUACCUUUGCCUGCCACCGUAGCUGCCACCAGGAGGUGUCCUCCAGACAAGGUUCGACCGGCUCCAACGCCAACGCAUCAGUCACAGCUUGUUGGUUUGAAACACGGAAACGGUGGUAUAGGCAGUGCAAGCAGUUCCAGGAGCACGAGUCCAAGUCAGCAACAGUCGCCUCAAAGUGGACUAUCCUUCAUUCCUCAGCCCAGAAGUCAACACCCACCCAGUAGGCAAACCACAACUACCACCCCAAGCCCUCGAGCAUCGACGGUGGGUAAACCUAACGGCCCGAGGAACGCUCAACCUUCUCCAUACACUACCGCCGGAGCGCCGAUCCAGCAGAAUAAGAACUCUGUUCUGGACAAAUUCAAGCUCUUCAAUAACAAGGAGAAAAAUCAAGAACGCGGCAAAGCUUCAUCCGGCGUGUCCAAACGUACCUCCAGUUCCUCCGGCUUUUCCUCCGCGAGAUCGGAACACUCCGACAGCUCAACGUCCUUGUGCGAUCAGAGCAAGGUGCAAUUAGAGUCGCCCAAAAGCCGCGCUCUAAAGUCGAAGCUACAAUCCACCAAGUCGGCGAAACAGGCGAGCCCGAAGACCACGCGUAAAGAGCAAAACAAGGCGCAAAGUAAGAUCGCGCGAACGAAAGGUACGUGUGACAAGUUGGCCGGUUACAAUUCACCGUUGGACGAUGUCAAAUCGAUUGGGAAACUCGGGGGAAUGGGAACGAAACUGGUCGCGGACAAAAAGUCCUCCAAUUUACAAGAUUUGUUGAAGCAACAACAGGCCAGCCAGUUGCAGAAACCGAACCCUUCGAUGUUGAUGUCCCCUAAGCAAAUAUCUUCGCAAGACAUUAAGAACUUCGGUAGCUUGAAGAAUGAACCGUCGAAGCAGUCGGCUAGACCGAAGAUGGAGCUACCAGGCAAGAUACCCGACGCGAAGAUUCAGCUGCAGAAUAUGAAAGUUCCGCCGAACGGGCUAAACAAAGAGUUGGUGCAAAGGGGAUUAUUGAGCAACACAAACGGAAUGAUGAAGCAACCUGAUCAGGACGAGAUCGUUAUCAUCGACGAAAAUAGUUCGACGAUCAAUCAUACGUUGUGCAUGAAUCAGGCGAAUCUGUCUAUCCAGAAGCCGACGAUGGAGAAGCAGAAAGAUAUCGUAGAGAGUAUAGCAGCGUCGAUUGAUCAACCGGAAACCGUGGUGGAGAACGUUAAUAGCCCAUCCAAGCAGCAGAACACGGGUUUAUCUGUGAAAGCUAAAGUUCCGAAUGAAGUGCACGAGAUAGAACAGACAAAUGGAAAGCAAACACCGCCACCUUCUCCUCGUUGCAGUUCAGAAACAAUGACGGACACAAAAAUGACAAAUAUCGAAGAGGGACCGAUAGGUCUCGCGACAACUUAUGUAAAUACUGUAAAUCCUCCUCAGGGACAAGUUUCGAACGCCCCGAAUUUCGGGGUGAAUAAGCAGCUUCCGGUGCUGGGUAGUCCACUGCAAGGCUCAACUUUGAGUGCUUCCGGAAGUCCAGGUUCCAGCAUUCCAAAACCGACGGCUUUGGUGAAAGGCACCUCGAAACCGCCAAAGGAAAACAACAUGCCGGGCGCACCGACGCCAACGAAAUUGAAGGCGGACGCUUUGCAUCGUAAGCUUGAUCCGAACACGGUCGCAAUGGUGUCACCGAUGCCAAGUAUCUCAGAUCUAAUGUCCGAGAGCUCGCAUAGUAAUUCGAACAGCACUGGCCAGAGCAAUUCCAGCGACAGUAGCGUUAUUUAUAGACCAAGCAGCGAGAGCGGCAGCGAGAUCAAAACUAUACCUAAUAGAAAAAUUGACACGACCUUCGAACAGAUGGACAAGGUCUUAUCUGAAAAUUCAACGUGCGGAGGGGGCUCUAUGGCUGACGACGAAGCCGAGAUGACAGUGAAGCCGAUGCAGCCUCUACUUCGCGGCUACACACCGGGUGCAAGAGCCCUUCAGACCUUGCCGAGUAGAACAACCGCGCGACAGUAUACGAUUCUUCAUUCUUCUUCUCAUCAUCAUGUCGGUCACGAUUACGCGGAUAUCGACGUCGCCUCCGGUUAUCUCAGCGACGGAGAGGUUCUUCGUAGUGGUAUGACCGUCGGAAACAGAACUUUAUCCGACUUGUGCGACGGUUAUAUGUCCGAGGGCGGUGCUUCGUUGUACGCGCGUAGAAUCAAUCCGUCUUACAACCAUGAUCACGAGAGAUACGUGGGUAGUUCGAGGCGAGAGUUGUCGGGGGUGAAAGAACUGGUGACCUCGAGGAGGGUGCAGAAGAGGCCCUCGGCAAACGUUAUAAGGUCGGAUGGAGGUUGCAUUGGGGGCAGUCCAGGAAGCGGCGGCGUCAUCGCGGGCGGCUUGCUAGGCGGCUGUAGCGGCGGCAACGACGCCUUAGCGGAGCUAACCAUCGAGGACCUGGCAUCUAUUCCCGCCGGAAAUCACACCUCCGCCAAUCACACGGGCCAUUCCUCUCAUCACAAGAGGGUGCCGGGUGGUGGAGGCGUGAUUGUGGGGGGUGGCAGUAGUUCGGCCACCCCCCAAGGUGCACAACAGGGCAGCAACCUGGUAUACCGCGUAGUGAGCUCCAGACAUCCUGGCGGCGGUCAUCACUCGCAUGUAAAGAAAUCGGACAGUUCCCAGCAAACGGAGAACUCGGCGUUCAAACACCAGCAACAACAGCCAGGUUCGAACAGCUCGACAAACAGCUCGACGAGCAGCAGUUCAAACAGUCAGCAAUGGAGAAAGUACAUCGAGGCUGGGGCUGCAAGGGAUCGGGAGAGAGACAAGGAGGGCGCACCCCCGAGUCCUAGUCCCUCCAGGCGAUCCCAGGAUAAGCAUCGGAAACAGGCCAUGGCUGAAUAUGCGAACGGCGAGAAACCACAGAAAGUCUCAUCAGGAACGUCGACCAGCGGCAGCAACAAAGUCAGAGGUGUGCCCCAGAGUUUCGGAUACGUUAAACGACACAGCGCCGGUACCAGCCCCAGCCCUAACGGAGUUCAAAACGGUGGCAAGGAUUCUACGAGAACAGCUCAAGUCAGCGCAGUCCCGAGAACGAAAGUUAAAGUGUCUGGUGGUACGCAAACAUGCACCACCGAGCUUCAAGCAAACUCCUCCGCAUUGAAUCAAGGACAUCACUAUAAGAGCUACAGCCUCACGGGUCCGAGUGCCAGUCAACUUUCACAAUCGGUACGAGAUCGCCUUAUGCUCGGAUCGCAAAGUUUACCGAAGCCUGGUAGCCCAGAAUUCACGGCGCUGUUCGCGUCUGCACAUCAUCGCGAAAGAGGAUCCGGCGCAGGACCAACAACCACUUCUUUCUCCCCGAGAGUGCUUAAGCCAUCCGAUGGAAGUCUUAGCGACACGUGCAGCAAUUAUGCACCACCUGACCUUCAAGGAUAUUAUAGUACCAAUAGUCCGUACACCACGUCUUGGAUGAGACAUAGCAAUACAUACACGCCAAGUGGACGUUCUCAAGGAAUGGGGCUGUGCGAGGCUGAUAGUGUAGAAUCGUUAGGGUCACAUCGGGCAAGCCUGACUCACGCUCGUUUGUUGAUACAUCAAAGGGACUCUACGGGAUCUCCAGCCCCGCCAAGACUGAAUAGAAGCAAUUCCAUUAGAUCCACGAAAAGCGAAAAAAUGUAUCCGUCGAUGUUAGCUAGAGGAAGUGGAGCUUCAUCCUCCGUCGGUGAAGAAGUUGGGGUCGGAAUAGGAAUGAGCGUAGGCGUUGAGCCAUAUUACAGUGUUCCUGUAGGAUCUACCGGGUGUACGGGACAACACUGGUCUCAACCGACGUCUCCGACGCCCACGCAUACUUCUCGGCAACCGCCUAAUCUUUAUCAGCACGUGCAUAAAGAUGACGAUAUCCACGGUUCCUCUGUGUCUUUGGUAUCGACAGCGAGCAGUCUGUACAGUUCAGCCGAGGAGAAACAGGCGCACGAGCUGAGGAAAUUGCGACGAGAACUUGUCGACGCUCAAGAGAAGGUCCAUUCGUUGACUAGUCAGCUAUCGACAAAUGCUCACGUGGUGUCGGCUUUCGAACAAUCUUUGUCCAACAUGACACAACGACUACAACAACUCACUGCAACAGCUGAAAAGAAAGAUUCGGAGCUUCAGGAGUUAAGGGAAACGAUCGAAAGGCUUCGAAAACAGAGCGCUGAAGCUGGCUUGAACAACGGACCAGCGGCGAACAAUGGCCGCCGUCAUACUCUCGGCGAUUCUGAUUCCGGAACAACUGGUUGCACCGGGACAAACAGCCACCAGGGUGCCUCUAUGGCAAGACAGUUGUCCGCGGACAGCGUCACGUCCUUGAAUUCCUUGAGCAGCGCUUGUUCGGCCAGCAGCCACCACAAGAAGAAAGGCUGGCUUCGUAGCUCCUUCUCGAAAGCUUUCUCGAGGUCGCGGAAGAAUAGGCACGGUUCAGUUUCCGAUGCUGAAGAUUGCAAAGAGAACACCGGCGGGGACCUGAGCGCGCCGAACAGCCCUAGAUUGCCAACUGCCUCUAAACACGAAUCUUCCCGGGGUCAAGAUACCAGAACCAACGGGCAGAAGUCGCCGGAAAUCGAGAAUCCAUUGACGGGCAGCAAGAGCAGCUCCGCUUUGUAUAAGAAAGAAGACGAGGAUGUGGUGGAAUUGAAAAAGCAACUCAGGGAAAAGGAUCUAGUACUGACGGAUAUUAGGCUUGAAGCUUUGUCCUCGGCGCAUCAACUGGAAUCGUUAAAAGACACUGUUAUUAAAAUGAGGAACGAGAUGCUGAAUUUAAAACAAAACAACGAGCGUCUGCAGAGACUGGUAACGUCAAAAUCCUUGACAUCCUCUCAGUCAUCGUUGCCCAGUGAUCCAGACAGACGCUUCAGCAUGACAGAAGUAGCUUCGACCGUUGCUGCACUGUCAAAUGGCGAUAGUAGUACAACAACUGACCAACUGGAAGAUCUGAAUGUACCAGAACAUACGGUAGUGCCGUCAGCUACCUCGACUGCCGGAGAACCAGCGUUGGAGCAAGAUACAGAUGGGAAAAGAAUUAACGUUGCUAUCUACCUAGGAAGCGAGGAAAAUUUUAAUUAUAAUCUCGUAACCGGAAACACUUCGGAUGGUAGCAUUGGUGAACCGCCUCAUUGUGUAAUCGCGAAUGUCUGUAUUAGCAAUAAAACUACAUGGAACUCCCUUGAUUCCACUGUAAGACGUUGUUUCAAGGAAUAUGUCUUAAGAGUUGAUCCCGUGACAAACUUGGGUCUGGGUAUUGAAUGCGUUGCUGCUUAUCAUCUUGGCGAGGCUUCUAGGUGCACUACGGAUUCCCAGCAUCCUGAACUACUUCCCUGCGGCUACUUGAUCGGUCACGUAAAAACUAUUUACUUAGUGCUUUCCGGUUACUCGUGGCUAGCUGUAGAUACUCUAAUACCACGAUCCAUUGUGCAACGACUGAUAUCUCUGCUAACUGAACAUCGUAGAGUGAUUCUUUGCGGGCCUAGUGGCACCGGUAAAAGCUAUUUAGCUGGAAAAUUGGCUCAUGCCCUGGUCGAUGCUGACAACGAUACAAAAGACGCCACAGCGGUAGCCACGUUCAAUGUCGAUCACAAAUCUAGUAAAGAACUCAGGCAAUAUCUCGCACACAUCGCCGAAAGAUGCGAUUCGAACGCAGCCGACGAACUACCAAGGGUAAUCAUUCUCGAAAAUUUACAACACGCUGCAUCUUUAGGGGAAUUAUUUAGUGGCCUUCUUGGUACCAAACACUCCUCUUGUCCAGCUAUUAUCGGUACCAUGAGCCAGGCCACUUGCAGCACGACGAAUCUUCAGUUACAUCACAACUUUAGGUGGGUGUUGUGCGCUAAGCACAUGGAACCAGUUAAAGGAUUCUUAGGUCGUUAUCUCAGGCGGAAGUUAUUGGAACACGAGUUACGUGAGUGUGGUGGAACCAGAAACGCAGAAAUGGCAGCAGUUGUCGAAUGGUUACCACGAGUUUGGUUACAUCUUAACAAUUUCCUAGAAACCCAUAGCAGCUCCGAUGUCACUAUAGGGCCGCGGCUAUUUCUGUCUUGUCCAAUGGAAGUAACGGGUUCUCAAGUAUGGUUUACGGACUUAUGGAACUACUCCGUAGUACCGUACCUUGUAGAAGCAGUUAGAGAAGGAUUAACACUUUAUGGCAGACGCGUAGGCGGAAAUGGAAACGGGGAUUCCUCCUGGGAAGAUCCAGCUCAAUUUAUAACUUCAAGUUAUCCAUGGAUUUCCACACAUGCGGUGCACGGUGGCAGCGAUGCUCUUCUUCGUUUACGGCCUGAGGACGUUGGCUACGACGUCGUUACAUCUGGACACACUUCCGGAGUUGGCGCUUCAAGUGUUAAAAGUCUUGGCAGUACACACAGUGACACCGAAGGAGAUCCACUACUGAAUAUGUUGAUGAGGCUGCAGGAAGCAGCCAAUUAUUCGAGUCCUCACAGCAAUGACAGUGACUCGGUUACCUCUCUUGACUCGUCGCUCACUCGACACUCCGAAGAUUUAAGUUCAUCGACAUCUUCGUCAAGGGGCGUAGAAUCAGCGCUUUAAUUCAACGGUUCUAUCAUCAUUAAUGAAGAAGCAACAGAACAUCUAAACACGAUCGUAUAUCAGGCCAGUUUGUAACACUCAGUUUAAGAAAUAACAAUUGAUGCUUAUUUAGACGUUCAAGAGUAAAUGCAUACACAAAUUUAAAAAAUCAAAAAUAAACUUUG